UUGUCAGUGUUAUCGUUGGCCUGCCACCUCUGGUACAAUAUUAUAACAAACUAAACAAAACAACAAGACGGUGGAAAAAGGGAAUCUUGUGGUGCGGAUUGGUAAACUGGGCUUCUUCUUCCGCGCCUUCAGCAUGGCGUGGCGAUCCGUGGGAGCCAAUAAUGAAGACCUGAUUCGCCAACUGAAGGAUCACGGCGUCAUUGCAAGUGAUGCGGUGGCCCAGGCGAUGAAGGAAACCGACCGCAAGCACUACUCUCCGCGCAACCCCUACAUGGACGCCCCGCAACCCAUUGGAGGAGGUGUCACCAUCAGUGCUCCUCACAUGCAUGCCUUCGCCUUGGAGUAUCUACGCGACCACUUGAAGCCCGGUGCACGUAUACUGGAUGUGGGCUCUGGAUCUGGCUACCUCACAGCCUGCUUCUAUCGUUACAUCAAGGCUAAGGGCGUUGAUGCGGACACCCGAAUCGUGGGCAUAGAGCACCAGGCAGAGCUGGUGCGGCGGAGCAAGGCCAACUUAAACACCGACGACCGUAGCAUGCUGGACUCCGGCCAGUUGCUGAUCGUCGAGGGUGACGGCCGCAAGGGAUACCCCCCGAACGCCCCGUAUAAUGCAAUCCAUGUAGGAGCAGCUGCUCCCGACACACCCACCGAACUCAUCAACCAACUGGCCAGCGGCGGACGCCUGAUAGUUCCAGUCGGUCCCGACGGCGGGUCUCAGUACAUGCAACAGGUGGGCAGAUGCUGAUUCGUAUAACUGCUGGAAUAAUAUGUAUAUUACGACAAGGACGCCAAUGGGAAGGUGGAGAUGACACGUCUCAUGGGCGUAAUGUACGUCCCUCUCACGGAUCUUCGCUCCUGACUGCACAGAGUGGGAAGGUCGCUCGUUGCGGUGCUGCUGCUCGUGUUUUUUCUCUACCUAAUUUUGGCUUACUAGUUAAUCAAUCAAUCAAAAUUAAAUUGCUUUUUUUCACGUUGAGUGCAAAUAUAUAAGUUUACCG